AUGGUGACAUCUGGACAAGGUAUAACGUAUGAAGAGGAAGAUUGUCCAAUCAUACAAGAAAUAGAUAUCGUAUCUGGAGAAGGUAUAACGUUUUUAUCCGACAACAUCAAGGAACUACUUAAUAGAUUACGAGUAAUAUUAGCGGCAAUGAAGGAAGGACAUCGAUCGCACAGACAAUUUAAUGAAGUAAAUUGUAUAUUAACAAGACUCCUAGAAAAAGGAAGCUACGAAUACAUAGCCAUUAACGAAUACCUAUCUGAAUAUGGAGGAAGUGUCAAUGCUAAAAACAAUAUUGAAUUCGACGGUAAUUUGAAUCUGAACAAAAAAAAAUUGAUAUUAAGAAAUAAUAGUCAAGUUGAUUUCAACGUAGAAAAUUCAUUGAAUGCGUUACUAGGAUUUGAUAAACAAAUAUACACCCAAUCCACUUUAGCACCACACAAAGCUAAUAUCGAGAAUGAUAUCGAUGUGAUAAAUAUACAUUGCAAUUUGAUAAACGGUGGAUUUUUCCAUAAAUACAAACGACAGAUUAUUUACAGUCUUCCAACAUUCACUGUACCGAUAGGAUAUAGAAUUAUAGAGAAACCAAGUAGGAUAUUCAAACCAGACUUUUGA